UUUACACUUGUCAUUGUCAGUUGUCAAAUAACGACGCGAACGUGAAGCAUUUACUUAUAAGCGGCUUUUUUUAUUAGGUUACUAGUAAAACAUUCACGAUGGCGGCGUCAAUGCCUAUAAAUCCUAAGCCCUUUUUAAAUAGCCUAACAGGAAAGGCUGUAUUAGUCAAAUUAAAAUGGGGACAUGAAUAUAAAGGACUUUUAGUGUCUGCCGACGGUUAUAUGAAUUUGCAGUUAGCAAAUACAGAAGAGAUUGUCGAUGGUUCUUGCACAGGUAAUUUGGGAGAAGUUUUGAUUAGGUGUAAUAAUGUGCUGUAUGUAAGAGGUGCCGAGGAAGAAGAUGAGGAAGGAGAAAUGAAAGAAUAACAGUUGUACAUAAACUAAAUACUAAUAUAAGUGAAACAACAUGGACAAUAUUAUAUAAACCAUUUUUUUCCAUCAUCUUUGUUAAAAGACAAACCACCAAAUUGUUUCAAUAUGUAACUUCCAUGUAAUUUAAUAUAAGAAUCUUAAGUAUACAUUAAGCACUA